GAGAUGGAAAACUUUACAGCAUCCCCAGAAAUGAACCAGACUUUGGGGACGUGGACGGACUACAGCAUCCAGUACAAGGUGAUCAGCAGUUUGCUACUUUUUGUAAUUUGCGCGUUAGGAAUCGUUGGAAACGUCAUGGUGAUCUUGGUUGUUCUUACCACCAAGCACAUGAGGACUCCAACAAACUGCUACCUGGUGAGUUUGGCUGUAGCGGACCUCAUGGUGCUCACAGCGGCUGGGUUACCCACGAUCACAGACAGCAUCUUCGGUUCUUGGGUGUUCGGACACUAUGGGUGCCUCUGCAUCACCUACUUCCAGUAUCUGGGGAUCAACGCGUCCUCGUGCUCCAUAACCGCCUUCACCAUAGAGAGAUACAUCGCCAUCUGCCAUCCCAUUAAAGCUCAGUUUCUGUGCACGCUCUCCAGAGCUAAAAAGAUCAUCCUGUUCGUCUGGGCUUUCACUUCUCUGUACUGCGUGAUGUGGUUCUACCUGUCUGACAUCCAGGAGCUCGUGUACGACAACAUCACCAUCAUCACGUGCGGCUACAGAGUCUCCAGGAAGUUUUAUUUGCCCAUUUACUUCUUUGACUUCGGCGUCUUCUUCGUGGUGCCGCUGCUGCUCUCCGCCGUGCUCUAUGGACUCAUCGCCAGGAUCCUCUUCCUCAAUCCGCUGCCCUCAGACCCCAAAGACAAGAAGAAGAACGGACAGAACGACCACGCCGUGGAGAAGAAGAGCAGCUGCAAGAACUCCAGGCACUCCAGCUCCACGGCCACCUCACGCAGACAGGUGACAAAGAUGCUGGCUGUUGUGGUGAUCCUGUUCGCCGUGCUCUGGAUGCCAUACCGCACUUUAGUGGUGGUCAACUCCUUCCUGGACCAGGCCUACUUGGACAGUUGGUUCCUCCUCUUCUGUCGCAUCUGCGUCUACCUCAACAGCGCCAUCAACCCUGUCAUCUACAACGCCAUGUCGCAGAAGUUUCGCGCCGCUUUCCGCAAGAUCUGCCGCUGCGGGAGGAAAGGAUCGGAAAAACCCACGGCGUACAGCGUGGCACUCACGUACAGCGCCGUCAAAGACACGUCAAUGGUGGAGAGCACCGAUCACUUCACCACAGAGCUGGAGGAGCUCACGGUCACAGAUGACCUGUUGUCUGAACAGAAGAUGAUGUUCCAGGAUCAAUGUGUGUACGGGAAGGUGGAUUUCAGCGAAGCCUGA